AUGAUGCUCAAAUUGGUCAUCUGUCUCUUGAUUGCACCCUCUAUAAUUGAAGCCGAAAUGAUCCGAGAGAAUCGAACAGUCGCUAUCUUCGAGCUGCUCAACGACGUCUUUUCGGUCAGCCAAAUAGCGGGAGAUGCCGAAGCUUCUCCAGUCAAAACGCUUGAAAUGAUUUGCAUCGACUCGGCGCUGAGCAGCCACAAGCCCGAGAAUGCGCCGUGGGACUUGGCGCAGGCUCUCGUCGAGGCAUUAAGAGCUCCAAGAAAUUCUGCCAUCACUGUAGACGCCGAUGGGCCGUGCUGGCCUCUAUUGCUCGUCAGGGCAGCGAGAACGCUCCUUUUCACGCCAGAAGCCCUCGACGCCAGCGAUCUGGCCGAUCUGGACGAGAAGGUUGCCGAGCUCAGGACACCCUAUUUCCAAAGCCGGCCUGAUGCGGACCGCUGGCAGAUUGCCCAAAAGUUGAUCAAGACGUUGACUUUUGAGAUGCCGCGCGACUUCAGGAGUAAUAGGCUAAUCUCGAGACUUCAAGCGAUCACCACUGGAAGCCAGAAUGAAGCUGAUUAUAUUCAAGGGCUCGUCGAGUUGAUUUCACUAAUGUUCCACUACAAAAUCGACGCCCAAAAAUAUGUGGAAGCACUU